UCGUCACAUUGCCUGCACUCAGUGGGUCGGUCACCUUCGCAUUGCUCACGGGUCAUGUUGAAGAAAUGGCUAAAUACUAAUUGAAUGUGGUCAUUUUUUAUUAUCACCACUACCAUGGUAUCCCCGCUAGUAGAUGAGAAAGUAAUAUUGGAUGUUACAUUCUCAAUUCUUGCCCACUAGUAACCGAAAUGAAUGUGCUUUUCGAAACUGCCGUUACGGUGAUGAAAGUGGCGCAAAAAUGACUCUAGUGGAUUCAUGUUUAUGUGCUGCAGGUCCAACAACAUUACGAAUGUCUAGCAACAUUUUGAUGAUUGGCAUAUGCGUUUAAUUCUUUGAAGGAUAUCUAAAACUUGCUGGCGCUCGUGAUGAAGAUUCUCUGCCUCCACGGACGAGGUUCAAAUAACGAGAUAUUUCAGUUGCAGACAGCCGCGUUCCGAGCUGAACUGGAAGACUUCGAAUUUGAAUAUGUACAAGGGACUGUUCCACACACAGAGGGGAAUUGGUCUUUAUACACUACGGAAUUCCCUAAUACACCAUUAUACGGUUAUUACGAUCCAUUGAGGCCAUCCUCGAUACAACAGGCAGAAGAUGACCUCUUACGACUCAUCAGAGAAAAUGGGCCCUUUGACGGUGUUUUGUCCUAUUCCGGCGGCACAGCCCUAGCAGCCCAGAUUAUCAUACGUGAUGCUUUAGAGAAUCCCUUCAGGUUACCAGGCGACAGACCAUUUCGAUUCGCCACUUUCAUCAAUGGAGUAACGCCAUUGAAAGUGUUUCCUAUAAAUGAUGCAGAAUUUACGGAAAUGACAAUGCAGAACUCAACAUUAAUCAGAGAGGCCUCCGCACUUCUUCUCCGAGACUCGGCAACGCGGGUACGCAAGAGUAAAAGCCAUUUCGACGAUCAUGAUCCUGCAGCUAUUAAAGCUGAGCUGAUGGCACUUGAAACAAAAACGUUAACAGACGGACGGUUAUGUCUAUCUGACGGUAGAUACGGAAUCACUAGAUACGAUUCAGAUAUCGACGGAAUUCUAAUUGAUAUCCCUACACUCCAUGUGCGGUGUCCAGAAGAGCAAGACUUCCAUCAUGGCCAGCAUAUGACUCAACUGUGCGAUCCGGAACAGUCGAUGCAAUUCCACCACCACAACGGAGAAGACUUUCCACGUGGGCAUGCCGAGAUGAAGAAAAUCGCCCAGAUGAUCAGAGAGUUAGCUGAAAAGGCUUAGGGGCGAGUUAGUAAAUAC